AAGACAAAGGCACCUGGGUCCGACCAAAGAGUUCAUUUCAGCGCAGGGGGGUCCAAAAGGAGGCAAAGAGUAAAACCAGACAAAGUUGGAGUCACUCCAGAGGAACUGGCAAGGAUCAUUCAUGAAACAAGAGGAAACCUGAAAGAAUUGGACGAUGAGGAAAACGAGAAAGAAUCUAGUGAUGAAGAGAACGAGGAGGAAAUGGAGGGAGAAGAUGAAGACAGUGAUGAAGAGGAACAGGGAGAUGACAAGGAGAACAAGGAAAUAGAAGACGAAGAGGAAGAAAUUGAGGACGAGGAAUUUGAAGAAGAUGGAGAGAAGGAGAAAAAGAAGCGCGGAAACAGAGCCGAUGGUCGAGGAAGCAACCAUGGCGGAAGUGCCUGAAAAGAAGGAAGGAUUGAGUAAAAGCCAAAAGAGGAGGAUGAAAAAGAACAAGAAGAAAGAGCUCAAAAAAAAGCAAGAGGAAGGUGAAGAAGAGGAAGAAUUAGAUAAUAUUCUCAACCUUGAUGACUACGACAAAGAAGUAGAUAACAUCUCACAGAAUUUAACAAUGAGCAACAUCGCAGUCUUCGCUAACAACGAUGAUGAUCCUCACCUGACUGUUAAGGAUGCCGAUAACAAGGACAGCGAUGAUGAAGAUGAGGUCAUUAUGUCAAGCGAUAACCUUGUUGCAGUUGGUCAUGUUGAUGGCGAUGCAGCCAUUUUGGAGAUAUAUGUGUACAAUGCAGAGGAAGCCAGUUUCUAUGUCCACCACGACAUCCUCCUCCCAGCAAUCCCACUUUGUAUGGAGUGGAUGAACUACGAUCCUGGAGAUGAGUACCUCAGGCCAGGCAACAUGCUGGCCAUAGGAAGCAUGGCACCUGUAGUGGAUGUGUGGGACCUCGACAUAGCAGAUUCUUUGGAGCCGGCCUUCUCGCUUGGUAAGAAGAGAAGCAAGAAGAAGAAGGUUGCAGGUGUUGGACAUAAGGAUGCGGUGCUGUCCCUUGCCUGGAACACACAUGCAGAGCAUGUUUUAGCAAGUGGAUCGGUUGACCAGACAGUCAUCCUGUGGGACAUGGAGCACGGAACAGUUGCCCAGCAGCUGAAAUGCUUCAAGGAAAAAGUCCAAUCCAUAAAGUGGCACCCCAAAGAAGCACACACACUGCUCGCGGGAUCAUGUGACAACAAAGUCAGAAUGCUUGAUUGCCGAAGCAACGACACAUUCCAAGCAUGGAAAGUGGAUGGAGAAGUUGAGUCAGUGCUUUGGGACAAACACAGUCAGAAUCCUCACAAUUUUCUGGCUAGCACAGACGCAGGCACAGUUUACGCAUUAGAUGGCAGAAAGGAUAAACCCUUGUGGACUUUGGAUGCACAUCACAAAUCAUGUACAGCAUUGAGCAUGAGCCCUACCUGUCCUGGAUGCCUGGUGACUGCCUCCAUGGACGAGACCGUCAAGGUGUGGGACGUGGCCUCAGACAAGCCGACCCUCAUAGAGGAACACAAGAUGAACCUGGGCGUGAUUCAGUGCCUCUCAGCCUGCCCUGAUUGGCCCUUUGUUUUCUGCAUGGGCGGAGACAACAAGGAAAAUAACUUCAAGGUGUGGGAUAUCAGGAACUCUGUUAAAGUUCGCACACAAUUCUGUCCUCGUAUGGGUAUGCCAACGGACGAGGAUAUGGAGACAGAAGUAGCAACGAAAGCCCUAAGCAAAGUGCACCUCGAAGAUGACGAUAGCGUCCAGGUGGUAUCGGGAAAAAUACCCCCUGCUGGUGCUGCUGCUCCUGCCAACUUUAAGCCCAAAGUCAAGAAAUUUAGUAAAAAAAAGGGGGGGCACAUUAGUAAAAAGAAGAGAUGGUAAAAUUAUUUAUAUUACUAGUAGGAACGUUAUUCACAUGUUUAUAAGGUGAGGGUGGGGUGGGGUGGGGAUAAAUGUGAACUUUUAUUAUUAUUAUUAUUAUUAUUAUUAUUAUUAUUAUUAUUAUUAUUAUUAUUAUUAUUAUUGCACUUAAUUAUAAAUGUAAAUAAUAAGAUUUUAAAACUAUAAGUCACAUAGCUAGAACUGCUUGUAUUUUUGGUAUAUUGUCAGACAAUAGCUAUGCUUCCUUAAAGUUUUUUUUUUUUUUUUCCAUAUAACAUUGUUGUAUAAAUGCCAAAAAAUUAUAUGUUUCACACCCAGGACAGUUGUAGCUUCAAAAGAAUCAGUGCAAAUACUGGGGUUUGGGGGAAGUUAAUUUAUAUUCUUAUAUGUUAUUUAUAAGAGACUUCUGUGAAUAAUAUUUAAUGCAAGAUGAGUGUCUGUUGGAUUUUAUAAAAGUAAUUGUUUUGAAAGCAAUUGAUGGUCUUUUGCUUAUUAUUCUCAAUAAAAUACAAACCGAGUGCUUGAAUGUAAAUACAGAAAUAUUUGUUUUUCUGGAACUGUUAUGUGGAUUAGUUUAUUAUUCUCAUUUGAACUUUUCUUUUUAGAUUUUUUUUGUGUUGUUGAUAUUAGGGAUGCGAUAUUUUUCUUCUGAACUUUUG